UUUCAGGACGUAAACUGUCGUAAAAAGUCAACAAAGAAGAGCUCCCGUAGCUGCUUUGUUAAACAUCUUCUCGCUGUAAUUUUAUUUAGGUCCUUGUUCGUUGUAACUCUUGGGAAAAUGACUCCGUUGCUUCUCAGGGCUUUUGUAAACGAUCGACUGACAACUGUGGUCGAGGAAAUAUUUCAGGUUUUCGAACAAACGUUAGCAAAAUACGAAGAGGAAGCGUCCAACUCGAAGCAGGAGGUCGAGCGGCUUAAAGGUCUGCUGCAGGAGCUGGAAAAUCAGAGGACAGACAUUUCUCAGUCAUCCUCCUGUAAAGAUGAAACUCGUGAGCAGGAAUCAACCUUCGGCAGCAUGGAGCAAGAUGAACCGGAGCUUCGGAUCAUUAAACAGGAAGAUCAUGAGGUCUGGGCCUCUGAUCAGCAGGAACAGGAACAGGCAGGAGAGAAUGCCGAUGGUUUUUAUCCACCUUAUUCUUCCGUCUGGGAGGAGAACGAGCAGGAAGACGCAAACCAAUCGGUGCAACCUCGGAUACGAAAGUGUGAACCAGACGACGGGUUUCAGGAGAUGCGUGGCGAAAACAGCAGAGCGUUCAGCCCACCGCCCGCCGCAACUCUACCUUCACAAAAUAAAGCUGCAGGUUUUCCAUCACCCCAACCAGAACAAGGUCAAACAUCGUUCCUGCUCUCCAGAGACUCCACUCAUCCAUCGCAGUUUAACAUAACUGGACCCGACUAUCCUUGCCAUUUGUGUCCCGAGAAGUUUUCCUCCAGUCACCGCUUGAUAAAUCACGCUCUUCACGGUCAUUCGAGAGACGUCAGCAUCAUGUGCGCCGUGUGCGGGAGGACCGUCGGGUCCUCCGAGAGUCUCGACUUGCACCUGAAGUCCCACAAGAACUCAAAGUGUUGCCUCAUGUGCGGCAAACAGUGCAAGAACAAGACAGCCCUGACGGAGCACAUGGCCAGCCACGCGGGGCUGAAGCUGCACCGCUGCCACGUGUGCGGCAAGGAGUGCAGCCGCAAGGGGGACCUGAAGAUCCACAUGAGGAUCCACACGGGCGAGAAGCCCUUCUGCUGCUCUUUGUGCUGCAAAAGCUUCACUCACAGCGGACACCUGAAGAAGCACAUCAGAAGCCACUUGGGAGAGAGACCGCACAGGUGCGACAUCUGCGGGAGGGCGUUCCUGCAGCGCGCACACCUCAAAUCCCACUUAGGUACUCACGCGCUCAGAAGCACCGAUGGACCAACGUUCAAUCAACAGAACUGAUAUUCUGGGGCUAUAUUUAUGUUUUUACAAAAGUUUUUCCAAGAUUUGUUUCAUUUUAACCAGAAAAAUGUGUUUAAAUAUUUUUCUUUAACACAGAAUUAUCCAUUGUAUUUGUUUAAAUGGAAACAAAAUAUAGUUUAUUUCUUAAACUGGUUCAAACCAAAUUAACCAGUGAACAGAACAGAUUAUAUUUUAUUUAGGACUACUGUAUUAGUAACCACUGUGUGUAGAAAUAAGAUCUAGUCUUUGGAAGUCAUAAAUGCACUACAAAACCUUUUUCAGGCUAUCUGCCUUUAUUACAUAAAAACAUUUGAUUUAUAAUAACAUUUCAACCAUAUACUUUCACAAUCUGUGUUUGAAAAUAUCUUUAUUAAAGCAAAAAGUUACUUUCAGAGUUUGUUUAAGCAUUUGCAAACURCCAGACAGAGUAAAUCUGAGAGUUGUUAAUAACAUUACUAUCCCUGUUUACAUAAUUCCCAUGGGGUUUUAUUUAUAAUCCUGGYCAAUUCAGUUUAUUUACAUAGCGCCAAGUCACAACAACUGUUGUCUMAGGGCACUGUGCACAAAAAACAAAACAAAAAAAUUUUUUUGACAUUGGUGAAAAAUCUUGAGUAGUUGUAAAGAAAAAAAACUAUUAUAUUUUUUACAUAGAAAACAAUAAAUGGCAUUUCUUCCACAUAAAAAA